UGCCCUGAGGGGAGGCGGUGGAGCAUGCCCCCAGUGCCCCGGGCCUUACCUCGGCCUCCAGGGGCAGGAGCAGAGGGACAGGCCUUGGGAGGGGCCAGCUGGGGCAGGACCUGCUGCGCUGAAGCUAGCGGGCGCACUGGUCCCUUGUCCCUAGGUGCGGCAUGGGGGGUCCCCAGGGGCUGCCGGGUGUCCUCAGUGCUCCACAGCCCCUCCUCUACCUGCUCUGCCUGCUCUCACUGCUCCAGGCAGCCAGGCCAAGCCAGGUGCCCAGAGAACAACCCCAGUGGGCCCUGCUGGAGCGGUACUGUCAUGCUGUCCUGACCCUCACGGACCUCUCAGGUCCCUACUCCUACUGCAACACGACCUUGGACCAGAUCGGUACAUGCUGGCCCCGGAGCGCGGCUGGAGCCCUCGUGGAGAGGCCGUGUCCUGAGUACUUCAACGGUAUCAAGUACAACACCACCCGGAAUGCCUACCGAGAAUGCUUAGAGAACGGGACUUGGGCCUCAAGGAUCAACUAUUCACAGUGCGAACCCAUUUUGGAUGACAAGCAGAGGAAGUAUGACUUGCACUACCGUAUCGCCCUUGUCCUCAACUACCUGGGCCACUGUGUCUCCGUGGCAGCCCUGGUGGCCGCCUUCCUGCUUUUCCUGGCUCUGCGGAGCAUCCGCUGCCUGCGGAACGUGAUUCACUGGAACCUCAUCACCACCUUCAUCCUGCGAAACGUCAUGUGGUUCCUGCUGCAGCUCGUCGACCACGAAGUGCACGAAAGCAACGAGGUCUGGUGCCGCUGCAUCACCACCAUCUUCAACUACUUUGUGGUCACCAACUUCUUCUGGAUGUUUGUAGAAGGCUGCUACCUCCACACUGCCAUCGUCAUGACCUACUCCACCGAGCGCCUGCGCAAGUGGCUGUUCCUCUUCAUCGGAUGGUGCAUCCCCUGCCCCAUCAUCAUCGCCUGGGCAGUUGGCAAACUCUACUACGAGAAUGAACAGUGCUGGUUUGGCAAGGAGCCUGGUGACCUGGUGGACUACAUCUACCAGGGCCCCAUCAUCCUGGUGCUCCUGAUCAAUUUUGUAUUUUUGUUCAACAUCGUCAGAAUCCUAAUGACGAAAUUACGAGCAUCCACCACAUCAGAGACGAUCCAGUACAGGAAGGCGGUGAAGGCCACCCUGGUCCUCCUGCCACUGCUGGGCAUCACCUACAUGCUCUUCUUCGUCAAUCCCGGUGAGGACGACCUGUCGCAGAUCGUGUUCAUCUACUUCAACUCCUUCCUGCAGUCCUUCCAGGGUUUCUUCGUAUCUGUCUUCUACUGUUUCUUCAAUGGAGAGGUGCGCUCAGCUGUGAGGAAGAGAUGGCACCGCUGGCAGGACCAUCACUCUCUCCGGGUGCCUGUGGCCCGGGCCAUGUCCAUCCCCACGUCACCCACAAGGAUCAGCUUCCACAGCAUCAAGCAGACAGCCGCCGUGUGACCCCUCUGUCACCCAUUAUCCAUCACUCCUCCACCCUCGAGGCAGUUUCCCCAUGCCCCUCCGUCUUCCUCCUCUGGAUCCUCUUGCCGUGCAGGCACUGGUGGUGUAGGAGAAGCGGGGAAGAGACCAGCUCUCCAGCCUGGCAGAAAAGAGAGGGUGCAGCCAUGGAAGAGGCUCUAAGGAACCGGGGCCGCUGAAGCCACAAGCCUCCUGCAGGAGGGAGAAAAGGGAUCCAGCCUCUCUUGCUGGAUCCUCACUAUAGCUCCAUUCACAGAUGAAGAGACUGAGGCCCAGAGCGGGAAAGGGUCUGACCCAAGGCGCACAGCUGGUUACCCGACUCAUAGUACCUGCAGCAGGGGACGGGCUGGCCCUGCUCACUGCCUUCCGCCUCCGCACUCAGGGGCGCCCUCUGCUGUUGGAGAAGUCAAAGAUCAAUUCAGCUGGCUUCGUCCCAGGGCCGUCAGCUAGGGAAGCCUCCCCUGUACCCUGCCCCUGUCCAAGCUGUUCCUCCACCACCUUCCCAGCUGCUCUGCCCCUUGGGGCUUCAGGAAGGUUGCUAACUUCUGAGCCUCAUGUCCCCUCUGGAGAGACUUUUCUCAUCUCAGUGCUCAGUCUGGGGUGUGGAGGGGCAGAGGGGAGGGUCAGGCGGUUGCACGGGCAGCCAUGCUCUGAGGUCAACCAGAUAUACAGUGGAGGACAAGACGGGGAGCAGGAAUGGGGAGAUGCGGGAGGAAAGAGCAGGUGGAGACAGUCAAAACCAAAGUUACGUCUUUGGUGACUGGAACUAAUCCCCCAGCCACUUCUCAGAUAGGGCUUCAGCCCCCACCCCCAACCCCAAACAGCAUCUCUACUCUCUGUCAAAUAAACCAUGACUCAUGAAAAUGGCCUCCCUUAGGUCAAGUGAGAAGGCCUGGGAGGGGUGUGGCCAAGGAUGGGCAUUGGCUCUGCAGGGCACAGCCAGGCCCACCCUCAAGAGUGGAGAUGCUGGCCCCAGCCUAGGAGCCCUACCUCUCUGACCUGUCAUAGGACUGGUAUCUUCAUGGUCAAAGUGCCUGCAGGUCCAUUCCUUCCCUGUCACUCUCCCAGGCUAAUAUCUGUGUCUGGCCCCAACCAGAGGCAGUUAAUUCAGAUAAAGGAGGUACACAACUCGGCCACCACAGCAGGGCUGAGCCCAAGAGCAAGCGUUCUGGAAUCCACAAGGUAGGGUGGUCACAGCCCCUCAGACCCCAUAAGCAACAGCCCGCAGGGCAGUUUCCAGGUUGGCUCCAUCCCUGUGCCAUUCCGGGAGGCUGGCAUGCAUCGAGGGGAGGGAAAGCUGCCAGGUCAUUGGUUCAAGAAGGGGUUUUGACUGUAGGUAUCCCCACAAAAAUAAAUUUUGAAAAAUUAC